AUGGAAUCAUCUACGUCUGGCGGAGAAGAAGGUCCUACGUUCUUUGAUAUCGAGGAACAGAUCAAGUCUUUGCGAAAAAGUCUGUCUCAUGUUUCGGCCUCGAGUGACUCGCUGAAAUCUUCUUGUGAAGCCAAGCUCAAGGAGAUCAUUGACUGGGUGACUGAACAGAAGAAGAAAAACAAGGGAAAGUCAGAGAAAAUACCCAUUGAAAAUGUAGCUAAAGCUCUCCAAGCCUCAAUAAAUGGCAUGAAAAAGUUCAAAACAGGUGGCGGGAAACUGGCAGUUGCUGAAGGCAUUUUGGAGAUAGUAGCAAGUAUGUCAUGGUUAACAGGUCAACCUUAUGGUACUCCAUUGAAAGCAGUCUGUGUAGUUAUCAGUGCUGUUCUUGUUUGUAACAAACCGGAGCAGGCAAGUGUGGUGGAUCGACUCGCAAAAGUUGUACACGAGCAACUGGUAAACUUCAAUACAAAAUUGCAAGACCAUAAAUACAACGGUUUGAAACGCCGCCUGUCAGACCAGGUAACACAGUUGUGUACGAUGAGGUCAGGGGAAAGACUAGAUGAUCCCAACCUUUGGAGUGACUUUAUUCAGUUCUUAGGUGAGCUGUCAAACAGAUUUGAAGCACCCCUGUCAUUUCAGUAUCACAAAGGAUCUCUCACAAAAGAUCCUGAUUUGGCAGAUUUUGUGACAGCUGUGGUGGCUUACUGUGAGGCUUACAACUGCUUCAUGGCACUUUUGAUGGUUGCUAAAGGAAAAUUUGAAGCCUUGGGGCAGGAGUACAAAGAUGAUCAAGAUGCGGUGGAUCGAAGAAUCAGCUGUCAGCAGAAUGAUGCUCGAGAAAAACUUACCUUCUUCUCAGAUGCAAGAUAUCUGACAUUUCUUGGAAGGAUGCCUUAUGAAGGAGGAAAACUUACAAAGAUCGUCGCUUUAAGCAGAAAUAUCGAAGGUAAAGGGCUGGUAGAAACAGUCAGAAGAAGCUUAAGCUUGCCGCCAAUGCCUGAUUCAGCAACAGUUGAAACUGCUGCAGCUAAAGUAGCGGGCCAAUCAGUAAAGUUGCGAUUACAGGGACAUCACGUACCUCCUGGAUAUGGCUUUAGGUGGCUAAAGGAAUAUGUCUUGGGUCCCCCCUUUUGGUUUCAGUGCGUCAAUGAGACAGACUUUCCCAUGAAGAUUGUUUCCCGCCAGAAAGGUGGGACAGGUGAAUUAAGUUUUAUUCACGAUGUACAGCCUCAUUUAUCCUGUCCAAUAGGCUUUCAGACAGUAGUGUUCUUUUCUUGUGGGUAUAUGAUCAUUUUUCUGAAUGGAAACGUAAGCCACGAUUUGACACCACGGCCAGGAGAUACCAGAGCAAUAGAAUUUGCUUUCUGCCGAAAUUAUUUUCUGGAACUUAACAUUAACAUUCAGGAUAACACUGGCAAUGAGUUCACUCAAGGGGAAAACGCUUACAACGCUAUGAAGUCUGGUGAAGCGAAGACUCUCUACUGGUUUGACCGUGGAACGCACUUUCUGGCAAGAGCAGAGACUCUUUUGCGAUGGCCACUUACUUGGCGACUUGUGAUUCAGAACUUUGAUCCUCUUGCAGUACAAGAUUGA